AUGGGCGAAAAAUUUGUACCUGACAAGGAGCUUCGCAAAAUAAGUAUAUUCUCGUUUAUUGGACUAAAUUGUGCUAAAACUGAAAUCAAACGGGAACUCCUAGCCCAUUUUGUAAAUAAAUUGUCUGCAAUAAAAGAAUCAGACAAUGGUCUCGCACCUACACCACUAUGGAAUAUUGCAGCGGAUAAACAGGCCAUGCAGCAGGAGCAGCACUGCAGGCUUAAAAGUAGCAACGUUCUUCUGACGUACAUUUUCUCUAAAAAGCUGGCUACUAUCACUACCAAAACUAGGUAGGA